CAGCGCCGCACUCUCUCAGCGCCGCCCGCCCCGACGGCAUGGCCCGCAGCCCGCGCUCCGGGCGCCCCCAACCUCGCUGAGAGCCGCUGCGGUCCCGGACCCGCGCUUGGGGCCGCGAGCAGCCAGGAUGAGCCGCUCCCAGUGGUGAUCGCCACUCGGGAAUGCGGGUGUGAAGGGUCCGAGCUGCCGCCCAGCGGGGGAGAGACCCCGGGACGCCGGAAAUCACCAUCCCGAAGCUGCGAGAAGAAGGCGGGGGAGGGGGGAAAGAGAGCAUUCUUCAGUUUGUGUGCCUUGUGGGGAAAAUUUUUUUUUAAAAUCGUUAUUUAAAAAAAACAACAACAAACAUUUCCGUGCUACUGUCUGUCAUCAUCUCUGGGGAAAUCAGCCAGAACCACCAGAACGUAACUGAAACCAGACGAGAGAGGCAGGAGCCGAGGCAGUACCUGCAGCGUCCGGGCACCAGAGCCACCUUGGAACGGGAACGCGUCUCCGGCGGCCGCUGGGCUGCGGCUCCGCCAAACUUUGGGGCGGGCGGGGCGGGCUGGGGCUCGGAGGGGGCUUUGUAGACCGAGGGCCGCCCCCUAACCAUGAUGUUUCGCGACCAGGUCGGGGUGCUGGCGGGCUGGUUUAAGGGCUGGAACGAGUGCGAGCAGACUGUUGCACUGCUGUCGCUGCUCAAGCGCGUGAGCCAGACCCAGGCCCGCUUCCUCCAGCUCUGCCUGGAGCACUCGCUGGCCGACUGCACCGAGCUGCACGUCCUAGAAGGCGAGGCCAACAGUCCCGGAAUCAUUAACCAAUGGCAACAGGAAUCCAAGGAUAAAGUGAUUUCCCUCCUGUUAACUCACCUGCCUUUGCUGAAGCCAGGAAACCUCGACGCAAAAGUAGAGUAUAUGAAACUGCUGCCCCAAAUCCUGGCACACUCCAUUGAGCACAACCAGCACAUCGAGGAGAGCAGGCAGCUGCUGUCCUAUGCUUUGAUCCAUCCGGCCACUUCGUUGGAAGACCGCAGUGCUUUGGCCAUGUGGCUGAACCACUUGGAGGACCGCACGUCGACCAGCUUUGGCGGCCAGAACCGAGGCCGCUCGGACUCUGUGGAUUAUGGGCAGACGCACUACUAUCACCAAAGACAGAACUCCGACGACAAGCUUAAUGGGUGGCAGAACUCUCGGGAUUCUGGGAUUUGCAUCAACGCCUCCAACUGGCAGGACAAAAGCCUGGGGUGUGAGAAUGGCCACGUGCCCCUCUACUCCUCUUCAUCCGUCCCCACCACAAUCAAUACGAUUGGAACCAGCACAAGUACAAUUCUCUCAGGCCAGGCACACCACAGCCCUUUGAAACGAUCUGUGUCCCUUACCCCACCCAUGAAUGUGCCAAACCAGCCUCUAGGACAUGGAUGGAUGUCUCAUGAGGACUUACGAGCUAGAGGACCCCAGUGCCUCCCAUCCGAUCAUGCCCCCCUGUCACCACAAAGCAGUGUAGCCUCUUCAGGAAGUGGUGGGAGUGAACACUUAGAAGAUCAGACCACUGCUCGUAACACAUUCCAAGAAGAAGGUAGUGGUAUGAAAGAUGUUCCAGCCUGGUUAAAAAGCCUCCGCCUGCACAAGUAUGCCGCGCUCUUCUCCCAGAUGACCUACGAGGAGAUGAUGGCCCUCACUGAGUGCCAGCUGGAGGCUCAGAAUGUUACCAAAGGUGCAAGACACAAAAUUGUCAUCAGUAUUCAGAAGCUCAAAGAGAGACAAAACCUCCUGAAGUCUUUGGAAAGGGACAUCAUCGAGGGGGGCAACCUGCGCAUCCCCCUCCAGGAGCUGCACCAAAUGAUCCUGACUCCCAUCAAGGCCUACAGCUCCCCAGGCGCCACCCCCGAGGCUCGCCGCCGGGAGUCCCAGGCCUCACACCCUCCUUCGCUGAUGGGCCCGGAGAGCCAGAGCCCCGACUGCAAAGAGAGCGCCGCGGCCGCGGGAGCCACGGCCACUGCCUCGGCUGGGGCCAGUGGCGGGCUCCAACCGCACCAGCUGAGCAGCUGUGACGGGGAGCUGGCUGUCACCCCCCUGCCAGAGGGGGAUCUCCCUGGGCAGUUCACACGUGUCAUGGGGAAAGUGUGCACACAGCUCUUGGUCUCCAGACCCGAUGAGGAGAAUAUAAGUUCCUAUUUACAGCUCAUAGACAAGUGUCUAAUCCAUGAGGCAUUUACAGAGACACAGAAAAAACGAUUGUUGUCAUGGAAACAGCAGGUGCAGAAGCUCUUUCGGUCUUUCCCUCGGAAAACCCUUCUAGACAUAUCAGGAUAUCGACAGCAAAGAAACCGCGGCUUCGGGCAGUCCAACUCCCUCCCGACGGCUGGCUCUGUGGGCGGUGGCAUGGGCAGGCGGAACCCACGCCAGUACCAGAUCCCCUCCCGGAACGUCCCUUCCGCCCGCCUUGGCCUCCUGGGCACCAGCGGAUUCGUCAGCUCCACCCAGCGCAACACCGCAGCCAACCCCACCAUCAUGAAACAAGGAAGACAGAACCUCUGGUUCGCCAACCCCGGGGGCAGCAACAGCAUGCCAAGCCGCACCCACAGCUCAGUCCAAAGGACCCGCUCGCUGCCCGUGCACACUUCACCGCAGAAUAUGCUGAUGUUCCAACAACCAGAAUUCCAGCUUCCCGUGACUGAACCUGACAUCAACAACAGGCUGGAGUCCUUGUGCCUCAGUAUGACCGAACACGCCCUGGGAGGUAACCGAGGAGGUUGGGUCAGCACCCUGACAGCCCCUGACGAGUAAUGGGAAACAACCCAAAGGUCCGUCGGCAGAUGAAUAUGGAUGGACGAGAUGCACUAUAGCCACACGGUGGAAUGCCAUUCAGCCUCGGAAAGGAACGAAGUACUGUUACAUGGCUGAUCUGUGAAAGCAUUAUGCUAAUGGGUGAAAAAGCCAGACACAAAACGCCACACCGUGUGUGAUUCCCUUAACGUGACACGUCCAGGAUAGGCAAACCUACAGAGACAGAAGGCAGAUCAGUGGCUGCCAGGGUUUGGAGGGCGGUGGGAAUGGAGCGUGGCUGCUAACGGGCACCAGAUUUCUCUCGGGGGUGACAAAAUAGCCUGGAAUUAGAUGGUGGUGAUGGCUGCGCAACUCGUGAAUAUGCUCAAAACCACCGAGCUGUACACUUUAAAAGGGUGACGUUUGUGGUGUGCAAAUUAUAUCUCAAUUUUGUCCUAAACGGAAGGCCUCCGGACCUGAGCCUUCAGCCCAGGCUCAGCCCCCUGUAGGCAGCCCAGGUGCCCUCCCACCUGACACCUGACAGGCGCUGGCUUGCAGGGCGACUCCACUGAGUCCUGCAUUGCCUGUGAGAGUCAGCCAGGAGGACUGACCUCCCCCCGGGCUUGACAGAUCUCAGGUAAUUGGUGUGUUGGAAGCUCUUAUCAAUCUGCUAAGUGCUAACAUCAUCAUCAUCAUUAAGAGCAGUAAUGCCAAAUGCUCUUUAUUAAAGGGAGGUCUUCAUUGAAAGACUCCAUUUUUAGCCUGUUCUUCUAUUUUUACAGGAAACAUCUGUGAACUGGUUUUUUUGCUAAUGUUUUCAUCUCGUUAAUCUCCUAAGCCUUUUUAUUGCUGUGUUUUUUCUCAAUAAUCCUCUCUGGUGGGAAGCCUCCUAAGCAGUUUCCUGAGCAGGGAAUGCAAAUUAGGUUCAGGGUGGCCCAGUUGGGUGCGGUGGCAGCGGUGUGCCCUCCCACUGUGACAGCACCUUUCUGCUGGCCGACCCCCGCCAGGUGCCAACGGAGAUGACUUUGCUGGGAACAGAACUUCUGCCAGUGAGUGAAGUUAUCUUACAUGAAGACGAAUGACCAGGGAGAGGAAAGCAGAGUAGUAAAAGAUGCUCCUCUGCUUGUAUCUCAAGGAAGGAGGGGGAGGGCUUCCCUGGUGGCGCAGUGGUUAAGAGUCCGCCUGCCGAUGCAGGGGACACGGGUUCGUGCCCCGGUCCGGGAGGGUCUGCGUGCUGCGGAGCGGCUGGGCCCGUGAGCCGUGGCCGCUGGGCCUGCGCGUCCGGAGCCUGUGCUCCGCAGCGGGAGAGGCCACAACAGCGAGAGGCCCGCGUACCGAAAAAAAGAAAAGAAAAGAAGGGGAGAGGUGUCCAAGUUCCUAGGACACCACAUCCCAGGAUGGCCAUUCUAACGGGGCUGCUCCCCGGGCGCCAAGCCUUGGGGCCCAUCCUUUUGUGCUGGCAUCUCUGCUUUUUCAGUCUCCUCCAGUAACUGCUGCCCUCUGGGUGUUGGUCGAAGCUACUUCCUAUCCAUCUUCCUAUCCUAGCCUUCCCUAUCCAUCUCUUCUUUUCUCUCCCCAGGCCCCUCCGACAGAACCGGUGAGGAAGCCCAGGGGGUGGGUUGCCUCUGCCAUCUUGGUUUGUGAGUCUUUAUUUAAGGCUUUCAUCUGGCUCUGCUGGGCUUGCUCCUGACUGGUGGCCCCAGGUGUUCAGGGAGACUCAGUACCAGCAGAAUGAGUCUGCGAGGCUCCGCCCGGCAGAAUGGCGUCCAUAGUGAAUCAAACCAUAAAGAGGAAUGCACGGUCCAUCCUCGGAUGUUCUGGGGUUUGUGCUUCACCUGAUCCCGUUGUCAUUCCUUCCCACCUUCUCUCCUCACUCCUUCUUGGGACUUAAAGCUCCACUUACAGCCGAUAUAAGUGCAAAUCGGGAAAUGGCUCCACUUUCUCAAGACAUUAUUCUGCCUUUCAUUUGAAAUUUGCCAUAGUAAUUAUAAAACCUAUGAUGGUUGCAUGGGAAUGGUGCCCCUUUGAGUUGUGCAGUGCACGACCCACACACCUGUAAAUAGUGAGUCUGGACUUAACCUACUGGUCAUUUCCCUGCAGGUGAAUACCAACCAUCACCCUUGGAGGAUGAGGUAUAGGGUGAGAAUUCUGUGAAAAUGCAACUUGGGGCUGGGUUAGUUGAGAUUUUCUUGUUUACAGCUCCUCACUUCAACAGCUAUGAAAGGUUGACAUUAAUAAAUGGACGAGUUGAGGCCCAGCAAGGGUGUGCACUGUGCUUCUACAGACGAGGGAGUGGCCUCUGCACCCUCACCCCACCCACACGUGUGUGUGCACAUAUACACACACUCACUGUUCUCCCACAGCCAGUUACCACUGCUGGGCCACCACUCAAGAGGCUACGGUUGACGUGCGUAGAAGGCAGGAAGAGGUGAUUCGUUCACAUCUGGGGACCUCUAGGAUUGAUAAUCUGAAACAACAGAUGCUCUCAGGGGCCAUUUGCUUCCCUUCUUUAAAGUCUCUCAAAAAAUCAUGUAGAACUUUACACACACACACACACACACACACACACACACACGAGUACAAGUAAAACUGGGAAAAUCUGUAAGAUGGGUAGAUUACAUCAAUGUCACUAUCUUGGUGGUAAUACUAUACUAUACUUUUGCAAAAUGUUACCUUAGGGGCAAACUCAGAAACAGGGUGCUCUUUCUUAUGUGGACCGACAGUGAUCUCAUUAAAAAUCUGAAUGAAAGAAACAUGCUCCCUCCAAGUCCCUGCUGGCAAGAUGCCAGCCUGGCACCACCCAUGAGGCGGCCAGGAGACCCCUGCAGUGGGCUCAGUGCUCCCCUGUAUCACUUAGGUCCUCCAGCUUUCCCUGGAACAGUCGGCCACACCCCUCUCACACCUGAGCUCUGCCCACUGCAUCUAGACGCACCUCUGCUAGACGGGCCUUGUGAUGCGGAGGUUUAGACCAAGACACAUCUACUGACAUGUGGACAUCAGUGAAACCAGGGAGGCAUCCUGCAUCCCAUCCUGGCCUUCGUUUAGUGGUCACUGAACAUAGUCAUUUCUACCUCCUAUGACUAAUCCAUGCCUCUCUCUGCUCACCGGAGAAACUCUAGCAUGGACCAUUGUAGGGACCUCUUAACUGGUUCACCUACCACCAGCCAUGCCAGAGAAACCAUUCUGAAGUCAAAUCCGGUUACUCUACCACUUAUAAAUCCCCAAUUACCUAUGUCCAAGCUCCUGUUAAUAGUACACAAGACCCUUAUGGUCUGAUUCUGGGGACUCUCCCACAGUCCCGUGUGAAAAGGGGUUGGGCAGCCGUCGGCUCCCUCUGUGGUCUGGCUCACUCAUGGCCUCUCCUCUCUGACAGGCAUGUCCCCCACUUUCUCUAUAGCCUGGUUUCACCGAUUCUCCAUAACACCGACAUGGCAUAUGCUGGGCGGCCUCAGCACUCUUCCAUGUCCACUGGAUCUUUCAGUUCCAGGUGCCAAAAACAAAUCUCACCCUGGUGUCUCUGCCCCCGAUCAGAUUCUUGAGACAGAGGAUCUGGAUCACUUUGGGUCAAUUGCAUCCCCCUGGUCUGCUCAGCUGUGAUCAGAGAUCACAGUCACCACCACUCAUCCCUGGCCUUUCAGCAGGGACUCAGGGGGAAAGGGAGAUGCUCCCAGAGAAAGGGACAUGAGCUGGACAGGUCCACCUGCAUGUGUAUUGCAAAACCUAGCUGGCUCUCUGCCAUAUCUCCUGCCACUCCUCCUGUCCUUCAUCCUAAACCUCCAGCCCUCCCCCAGGCCCACCAUUUGAUGAGCAGCAUCACGCCUGUACAUGAGCUGUAUGCCCUCCCCACCCUAAUACUCUCCUGCCUCCUCUUUUCUUCUCCUACCAGACCAUCUACAAAGUCAUUUUCUUUCUCUGUGAAACCAUCCUUGACUUCCAAGGGCAACCUAAACACUCCUUCCCCCUUGUUCCUGCUGUGCCUGGUACAUACUCCAUUACAGCAACCAUCCCUCAUGUGUCAUUGUCAGUGUACAUGUCUGUGUCCUGUCUAGGAUAUAUAUAUACUUGGACAAAGUGUGAGGAUUAGGUCUUUUCAUCUUGGUUUCCAGGCUCAGUAUGGCUCCUGGCAAAAAUAGCUAUGUUGAGUGGGUGGGUAUGUGAAGAAUGAGUGAAUGGAUGGAUGGAUGAAUUUAACCCUUAUCUGUCCUCAGAGACUGGGAGGUCCAACAGGCAUGACGCUGGAAUCGGUGGGCAUGAAUGGAAUUGCUUUGCUCACCUGUGCCCAUUGUGUCCUCCUUUCUCUCCCAGACGGGGUUGACCGGACCUCCACAAUCUAGAGCUGAAGAUGAGAGUGACCGCGCUGGCCGUGAAAUCGACUGCUGCGGGUCCAGUGUUAGCCAUCUUCAGGGUUGCACAGAAUCCUCCAAGAUACUUUGCAGCCAUUUCUUUUCCCCUGGUCCCUCUCCCAUUUUGAUUUUGUGAGAGCGUAGGUCGUCCUUGUAAACAUAUCAGUAGACCUGGGACUGGUUAUUUCGUCAUUUGUUUCUGUCGUGGGAUGGCUUGGUGUGGGGCAUGGGGAGGGAUCUCUAAGGGAAACAUAGGACUGGGAACGGGUGGAGGGAAUGCAAGUGGCUUCUUGGAUGGAAAUGAGGGGGAAAAUAAAGAGGGUACCGCUUGGAAAGAGAUGAGAGACUUGGGAGGGAGGCAGAAGCCCCAGCCCUUGGGAGCCUUCUCAGAAGCCUGCCUUCAGAGUCAGGCCCCGGGAGGAAAGCACGGAUGCCUGCGACCAAAGCACAACGGCGGCUCGCUCUUUUAUGUCUCCCCUGAUUGGAUUCCCUGAGGCCCCUGCUUGAAAUCCAGCCGCAGAAGAAGUCCACAUGGCAACGGGGGCAGGAAGGGAGAAAUUCCCUCCAACAAAAUUUCAGAUAAACUUUGAUUUGUGUAUUGUUUACAUAACAAUUUUAAAGGGUACAUAAUGUGUAAAGAGUUGGGCUAGAACUUUUCUUCAUACUAUGGUUUUUGUAAAGGAUUUGUUGCUAUGGAUUCAUUUUUUCCUCUAUUUUUAUAAUAGCAGCAGGGUUGUCUUUUUAAAUGGCUGCCAAGCUCUGCUUCUCGGGAAGGCGGAGCUGUCACGUAGGCCUGAGUUGUGUCUCCCACCUGUGGGUGGGAGAAGUGUGUAGGUGGAGUUGAGGAUGUGGCUGGAGUGGGUGGAGCACUGGGCAGGGCGCCACCAUGUGAUCGGUUAUGGGAUUGCGCGCAGUCACCUAGGGAGUCUAAAGGAAUCCUGCUGCCCUUUCUACGCUGGAUUUGCUUCUCACCCGGAGAACCUUUCUCCCCACCCUACCAUGGGGUGUCAUCCUAUCAGUCCUGGCCUCGCUCCACACACACACACACACACACACACACACACACACGUGGGUACAAGUUUCACUGGAGGAGAAAAGGCAAGGAUGGAUAUUUUUCCCUAGCAAGAGGCCUUAAUACCCAGAUAAUAAGCUCAAAAGGCCGCUUUUGGGGGGGUUGCUCGCAGGAACCCCAGCCUGGGAGCUGCAGCCCCUUGGCUCGCUCACCGCUGAGGAAGAGGAGGAAAAGAGCAAGGUCCGGCAACAGUGUAUAAACGGUCAGUCAGCAAGUGGCAGAGAGAGCUGCGGGGAGACGUCCCAGGUGGGCAGUGGAAGAAGAUGUGAGAAAGGUCGACUUCAUGAUGGAAAUGAUGAUUCUAUCACGUACGUCAGGGAUUUGCUGUGUUGUCGGCUGAUUUAUCCACCCGCAUGGAAGGGAGACAAAACUACUACUUAACAUGGUGAGAGAUUAACAAACUACGCUACCAAAAAGUAAUAGCUCUAUUUCUUAAGGGCAAGAAAGACUACGUUUGGAAUUUGAUGCAAUAGAGGGUAUUAGAGGAGAUCCAAGAGGAGCUGUGCUCUGCGCUGGAAAAUUGGGUUGUGUAAAUGAUGGUGUGACAGCUCAGCCAGAGGCGAGAUCAGGGAGAUGGUAGGAGGCCUGUUUAUUGAAUGGGUGUCUGGUACCAUUUUGGGGGUUUGUUUUUUUAGCAAAGUCAGAGUCGAAAUUAAAGAGAUCAGACCAUGAAAAUCACUGCGUUUGCUUGGGGUUAUGUUUUAAAAUAAUGAAGUAAAUACAAUUUAAAAGGCCUUAAUGAAAUCCAAACAGCUUUCUUCUACCUUCAAGAUUGAAAAUGUACACCCAACACAGCCUUGGAUGUUGUGAAGCUUGCAAAGUCUUCUUAAAAUGUGGGAACAUCUUAACCACAGAGAGCCUUUAGCAAGCAAAGAACAUUGAAUCCACAACAUCCUGCACUGCAUUUUAUAAAAAAGGGGGGCUCUCCAUGGGUGACUAUGUUCUAAAGAUGCAAAUUCAUUUGCAGAAAGAGGCAGCAUUUUUUAGUUGAUAUGUUUUAACCAAGUGCCAUUAACAUUCAUCCUCCACUCCCCUUUUCUAAGCAAGCUUAGGGUUACUUGGGGAAUGUGUUGGGAUGGACAAUCGUGUGAGCCAGGAAGGACAAGUCAAAGAUGUUGAAGGCCAAAGGCAAGACCAGAGGGUUUGCGAAGGUGUUUUUUGGAUGCUAAGAACGUUAAUGGAAGAAAAAAAACAGUGGUAUAACACAUCUUGUGGAGAAAUUAAAAAGCAUUCAGAUCUGCUGCAAAACACGUAUAUCCAUAAACACUCGGGUUGUUCAGAAAACAGAUUGUGAACACAAUCACAUGAGCAUGAAUCCUUUAAAAGGAUGAAGACCUUAAAGUAUUUGCAAAUCUGAAUUUCUAUUUAUUCCUUCACUGAAUAUAGAAACAAUGGUUAUCUGAUUAUUAGAGAUAUUAUUUUGGAUAUGUUACUUAUUAACUUGCUAUGGCUGGUAACCAUGAUAAAGUCUGUUAUUAAUAACAACAUAAUUCUUUUUUUAAAAGAAAAGCUUAUUUUUCAUUGACUGUGUAUAGAUUUAUCUACUUAGUUGUGUUCUGCUCUUAGUGUUUUAAUUUUUUUUUAAGUUGACUGUUCUGAUAAAUUUUAGGCGCCUGUCCCCACCUUGUUUUGAGUCCUGUGUUGACUGCAGGUAUACAGCUCAAUCUAAAAAUCCUAAAGCAAAAGAACUUUAUUUAUAAAAAAAAAAAAAAAAAUCAAACAGUUGCAUGCAUAGAAGGCUGUGAAGUCGGAUAUUUAGUAAUAAAGCGGCAGUGCCUUUUUUUGUAUUUACCCAUUGACCCCCAAAUGCAACUGUUUUAUAUUAAGUAAAUAGUAAACAUUAAAAAUCUCAGAGUAAAAUCUAUUUCACUACAUGGGUUUUUUUUCUCCCCUUGUUCUGAUUUAAGCAGUGUGUAUUUGACAUCUCUACAUUGUCCCAGGGACAGUGGUGUUCUACGAUAUUGUUAUCAUGUAUGAUGUUUUAUUGGUGCUUUUUAUUCAUAGUGGUUUCUUACCAGAAACAGUAGGAAGACACACAUGAACUGUGUACAAGAAAUGAAACAUUGCUGCUGAUAUGUUUUGUUUUGUUUUCCACAUGCUUUUUGAGUUUCACUUUUUAAACCAAGGGCCAGCAAGCAAAAUCAAUGCCCUGAAGAGGGCGGCUGUUUGCACCAAGCUCUCCAAUGCUGUGUAUUGACGGUCCCUUUCUGGUACUCAGGAUUGGAGCUAGAGCUGGGCCCCCUCUCCCAUUCAUUUGAAGAGACGCUGAGGGAAACAAGGUUUUCUUUUGAGGUGUCGUUGGCUGCCUUUUACGGAAUGGGAGCCUUCUCCGGGUCUUCUGUUCUUCUGCCCCUCUUGUAGCUACUGCCAGUGCAAGGUUUGUAGAUGCACGUUCCCCCUCUGGAACCGGGAUCUCCCUGAGAGCCUGGCCUGGGGGCUGAGCUGGGUUGAAUGCAUAGGCGCACAACCAGAAGGGCAGCGAGGGGAGGAGAAAGCAGCCCCCAUCUCGGUGGCCCUCUGGGGAUGUCUUGGGCAGGUGGCCCCAGCUUGGGUGCAGGGAAACAGCCUAACCAAGGCGUUCAGGUGUGCCUGUUACAAGAAGGCCCUGGGGAAGGAUAAUUUGCACAUGGGGCUGUGAUAACACUAAUGUUGAUUUUUUGUUUUACAAGUCAUGAGAGAUGUUUGCAAAGUGAGUUUUAUUUUUUUGUAAUUCCUUUAUCUUUACUUAAAGGUGAAUGUGUAUUCCUCUGGGAGGAAUAGGAAGAAAACAGGAAUGUUAAUAAUGUCAAACAGAAGACUUCCUCCCUUAUUAAUAUAUAACCCUCAUGUAUUUAUGCCUAAUGUAAGCUGAUUUUUAAAAAGCUUUCUUUUGUUGCAUGCCCCAUGCAGACAUCCCUAUUGUACAUGCAUGCCUUUCGUCCUGUUUUCCUGUAUAAAGUUAGUGAACAAAGAACUAUUUUUGCCUAGUUCAUGUUGCCAAGCAAUGCAUAUUUUUUAAAUUUGUCAUAUAUGGAAAUAGCAUGUUUGUUACAUGUAAAAGCUUUACUGAUAUACAGAUAUACUAAUGUUUGAAGAAGCUGUUCUUUGCAAGUGUACAGUUUUCAAAUGUUACCAGUGAAACACCCUUGUGGUUUAAACUUGCUACAAUGUAUUUAUUACUCAUUUCCUCCCAUGUAACUAAGAAUCAUGGCUAUAUUUCAUAUCAACGUUAUAUUGAAAGUGAAGGGAAAUGAUUAAUACAAGGUUUUGUAACACUGG